AUGGGCUCAGUGCUACCCGCAGACGCUUUGGCUCUCAAAUCGGGAUUUAAAUGUCCGAGCCGCUCGCUGUCGGACGUGAUCACCUCGGACAUCCUGCACAGCUUCCUGUACGGCAGGUGGAGGAACGUGCUGGGCGAACACCUGGCGGAGGAGCGGCAGAGCGGCGGCAGCAGCGGCAGCCCCAAGACCGCCUUCACCGCCGAGGUGCUGGCUCAGUCCUUCGCUGGAGAGGUGCAGAAGCUGUCCAGCCUGGUGCUGCCCAGCGAAGUGAUCAUCGCCCAAAGCUCGAUCCCCGGAGAAGGUCUGGGCAUCUUCUCCAAGACCUGGAUCAAAGCGGGAACCGAGAUGGGCCCUUUCACGGGGAGAGUCCUGUCCCCUGAACACGUGGACCUGCUCAAGAACAACAACCUCAUGUGGGAGGUGUUCAAUGAAGACGGCACGGUGCGUUAUUUCAUCGAUGCCAGUCAGGAGGAUCAGCGCAGCUGGAUGACCUACAUAAAGUGCGCCCGGAAUGAGCAGGAGCAAAAUCUGGAGGUGGUGCAGAUCGGCAGCAGCAUCUUCUACAAGGCAGUGGAGACCAUCCCACCAGACCAGGAGCUGCUUGUCUGGUACGGAAACACCCACAACACAUUCCUGGGAAUCCCCGGAGUUCCUGGAACAGAUGAGGAGCACCAGAAGAAAAGCAGGAAUGAUGACUCCCACUCAUGUGACGGCACUUCCUCGUGCUCCCCCUCCUCCUCCUCCUCCUCCUCCUCCUCCUCCUCCACCUCCUCCACCACCGCCGGCCGCAUGCGCUGCGUCAUCUGCCACCGCGGCUUCAACUCCCGCAGCAACCUGCGCUCCCACAUGCGCAUCCACACCUUGGACAAGCCCUUUGUGUGCCGCUUCUGCAACCGCCGCUUUAGCCAGUCGUCCACGCUGCGUAACCACGUGCGCCUGCACACCGGCGAGCGGCCCUACAAGUGCCACGUCUGUCAGAGCGCCUACUCGCAGCUGGCGGGCCUCAGGGCGCACCAGAAGAGCGCACGGCACAAGCCGGUGGCGCCCGGCGCUGACGUCGGCUCACAGGUGUCCCCUCCUCCCCCACAGAUGACGGCCAUGCCUCACCAGCACCAGAUGCCAAUGGUUCACCACAUCCCCACCAUGGUGCUAUGA